CCCAACAAUUUUGGAAGAGGAAGCAUAGAAUCCUGACCAGACAAAUUCUUAGUAUUCCUUAUCCGCUGCACAAGAGCCAGGGAACCUAUACGCCGCCGCAGCCAUGGACACCGGCAUUGUGGACAUCCCAGGCUCCGACGAUCGCUUCACCGUCAACUUCCACCGAAGCUCAAUUGAAACCCUAGUCACCUACGAGCCCAGCAAGGUCGUCGACUGGAUCAACGACAUCGAGCGCCUCCACCGCGACAGUCUCCCCAACAAGCUCAUCGUCGGCCUCGACGUGGAGUGGCGGCCGAGUUUCUCGCGCCACCAGAACCCGGUGGCAACCCUCCAGCUCUGCGUCGGCAACCGCUGCCUCAUCGUCCAGCUCCUCUACUGCAGCCCCAUUCCGGAUGAGCUCUCCGCUUUCCUGGCCAACUCCUCCCACACCUUUGUGGGCGUCGGAAUUGGGGAGGAUCUGGAAAAGCUCAUAGAAGACUACGACCUGGCAGUGGCCAACGGCGUGGAGUUGCGGACCCUGGCUGCUGAAAAGGCCAACGACAGAUCACUUAAAAACAUUGGGCUGAAGGAUAUGGCUAGGAUAUAUCUGGACGCAGAGGUGGUGAAGCCGAAGAGGGUGACCAUGGGAAGAUGGGAUCAAGAGUGGCUGUCUGAAGAGCAGAUUCGUUACGCUUGCAUUGAUGCUUUCGUCUGUUACGAGGUUGGCAAGAUUUUAUGUGGAGCAGAGUCAUGAGCUGUGUGUGUUGUUUAAAGCAUGUGCCGGUUUCGGAUUGAGUCUCACUAUAUGCAUUUAUUCUCUCUUUUUAUUCUCAUUGUUUAACACCCAUAUGCAUGAUUGGUAUUGUGCUGAACGAGAGGUAGUAUGAUUCCAAAAAAGGAAAACACGAAUUGAAUUUUACUUUGAGAUUUCAAUCAAAUGAUAUUAUAAAAUGUCCAACUCUAUGUAUAGCGGGCUUUACACAUAUACCGUAUCGGCACAAGGAUAAGUGUACUUACAUGAACUAAUCUGUUAAGCAGUGAAGCAGAUGAUUCAAUUGACAGUAAAACACAGCUACAAGCAAUGGUAGUUCUUACCCAACUAAGGUGAAAAUUAGGCGGCGGCAGCAUCACAUUCUUCCCAGGCACCGUGCACCGAGCUGAAGCUCCUCCUGCCACCCCCCAUUUGAUGAGUCAUGAACUCUGAAAAAACUUCGCGUGCACAGCUGUCCCAGGUUUUCGCCAUUUCUCUGAUAGACAUGGGUUCAGACAGUUGGCGGAGAGAUGCAGUGAACCUCAGCUUCACCUCCUCAUAUCCAUAUUGCACUUCUUCACCACUGUCUCUGUUUGAAUCAAAGUCAUCAUCAGAUACUAGAGAAGUGUUGCGGAUUGAAGCACUUCCACUUCUAUGUUUUGUUGCCUAUAUCAGCUGCUUUUUUAAAU